AGCUGCCUUUCAGUGCCACCUAUCAGUGCCAGUCAGUGCCACCUAUCAGUGCCAUCAGUGCCACCUAACAGUGCCAGUCAGUGCCACCUAUCAGUGCCAUAUAUGAGUGCUGCCUUUCAGUGCCCAUCAGUGAUUCCUGUCAAUGCCCAUCAGUGCUACCUACCAGUGCAUCCUAAUCAGUGCCCAUCACUGCUGCCUAUCAGUGCCCAUCAGUGCAGCCUAUCAGUGCCCAUCACUGCAGCCUCAUUAGCGCACAUCAGUGAAGGAGAAAAAUCACUUAUUUACAACAUAUUAUAA